UCAAACUUGAAAGUCAUCCAAAAGACCACUUAGUCGACAACCAAACACCGGGUACACGUGUAACCACGUCAUUGGCUUGUAACACGAGAAAAGUUUGGUUCCAGCGUGAAUAGCUCUCUACCGCACCUAUUUUUCGGAGGUAAGAAUCCGACACACCCACCAAUUUGUUAUCAGUUAGUUGUCUAAUCUCUCGCUCCAUUCCUCUUUCGUCUGCAACGUUAACGGUCAAAGUUCGAAAGAACCUGAUCAAUAUGACGAUUCUACCCUCCAUGGACCGCAAGUGUCGCCGGAGCCCUAGAAUUCCUCUCCUACCCCAGAAGGACGACGACCGCGAGCCACUCGAAUCCGGUUUCGACGGCGCGUCGUUUUCCGGCGCCGUCUUCAACCUCUCCACGACGAUAGUCGGCGCCGGAAUCAUGGCUCUCCCGGCGGCGGUGAAGCAGCUGGGGAUGAUUCCGGGCCUGGUCAUGAUCGUUCUCGGAUCGAUGUUGACGGAGGCCUCCAUCGGCAUGAUCUUGAGGUUUACUCGAGCUUCCAAGGCGGCCACGUAUCCGGGUCUCGUCGGCGACGCCUUCGGCGGUGCCGCCCGGACCCUUCUUCAGGUCUGCAUUGUCGUCAACAAUAUGGGCAUGCUCGUCGUCUACAUGAUCAUCAUCGGGGAUGUGUUAUCAGGGACGUGGUCGGGGAUGGUCCACCACUUGGGUGUGAUAGAAGAAUGGUUUGGUCAACACUGGUGGACUACACGCUCCUCCUUGCUACUACUUACCACCCUCCUUGUUUUUUCACCACUUAUUUCAUUCAAGCGCGUCGAUUCAUUGAGAUACACGUCGGCAUUGUCGGUGGGCUUGGCCAUUGUGUUUGUCAUCAUCACAGCUGGAGUAGCAAUGGUUAAGUUGAUGAAUGGAAGCAUUGGAAUGCCACGGUUGAUGCCAAAACUCGUUGAUCAGGUGUCAUUUUGGAAGCUUUUUACAACUGUCCCAGUUCUAGUCACUGCCUACAUCUGCCAUCAUAAUAUUCACCCUAUAGAGAAUGAACUUAAAGACCCCGUGCAAAUGAAGUUGAUAACAAGAACGUCACUUGCAUUAUGCUCAACUGUCUAUGUUGCUACCAGUUUCUUUGGAUUUCUACUCUUUGGGGAUCAGACUUUGGAUGAUGUACUAGCAAAUUUUGAUGGCGAUCUUGGGAUUCCAUAUGGGUCAUUGCUUACUGAUGUCGUUAGGGUGAGCUAUGGCAUCCACUUGAUGCUUGUUUUUCCCAUUGUGUUUUACUCUCUUCGCCUCAAUGUUGAUGGUCUUCUCUUUCCUUAUGCGCUUCCAAUUGCAUUCAACAAUCGGAGGUUCUUCUCAGUAACUGCAGCACUCAUGGGUUUUAUUUUCAUGGGAGCUAAUUUUGUGCCUAGCAUCUGGGAUGCAUUUCAGUUUACUGGUGCCACAGCAGCAACCUCUGUUGGAUUCAUCUUUCCAGCUGCAAUUGUGCUUAGGGAUAUUCAUGGAAUUGCAACAAAGAAUGAUAGGUUCAUAUCAUGGUUGAUGAUCCUAUUAGCCGUCUCAUCAAGCAUCAUGGCCAUCUCAAGUGAUAUCUACAGCAUUUUCAGGAGCGAUAAAGAAGGUGGAAGCUAACCUUAUGAGGAGAAUAACUGUCUCGUUACUCUGACCCCAAACAUUCACGUGGGGUCUUUGAAAAUUCAGAAGAACAAAGCUGAACUGCUAAAACGAACAAGGUUCGAGGUUUCUUAUCUCAUUAUUUAGAACUCCAAUUUUGUAUUGCUCAAUGCAAGUCACUUCAUCUCAUGGCAGAAAACUGUUCCUUUUCCUUUAAAAAAGAAAAAAGAAAACUAAAAGAGAACAUACGUUGACACGGGUAAAACAUAGAUUACAGUGGAUAUAAAGUUGAGUUACUGAUAGAUGGUUUCUAUGAGAUGCAAAUCGAUGGAGCAAUUGUACCGAAUUAGAUCUUAUUUAAAAAUUUAGUGUAAAUGAGAGCGU